CUCGUCGCCGGUCUGGGAUGAGUUUAGUUUUGAAAACAAGGAGCCUGCCGCUGCCGCUGCCGCCGCCGCUCGCUCGUCGCCAUCGCCAGCAUCGCUAUUGUCGCUCGCGAUCACUUUCGAGUUUAACGAAGAAUCUUAGAACAGCAGCUGGCAGUAACAGGCACGCGCGAAUCGUGUGCAAGGCCGUGAUCGCGCUUAGUUAUCCACUUCCCGCGGGAAAUUCAGUGAAAAAUGGACGCCCUGCGGGAGCAGGUGAUGAUCAAUCAGUUCGUGCUGGCUGCUGGUUGUGCCAGGGAACAGGCGAAACAAUUGUUGCAGGCUGCACACUGGCAAUUCGAGACAGCGCUGAGUAUAUUUUUCCAAGAAGCGGCGAUACCUUCCUGUGCCCAAGGACCUGGCACUCAUUUCGGACAGAUCACUCCGUGUAACACGCCUGCAACGCCGCCGAACUUCCCCGACGCUCUAUUGGCCUUUUCGAAGAUGUCAGCCGGUGAGAAAACACCUUCGGGCAUGUCCCCGAGUCAGAAUGGUCAACAGACAACGCAGCAUCACGGUGGCCGGUGUAGCGUUUCCGGUGGUGCACAGCAACAGACGCAAAAUCAACAGUUUGGUCUUGGCGAACCGCAGAGAUAAAACAAACUCAUCGUCAUCGUGCAAAUCGCAAACCGCAAGAAGUAAUAACCCUAAGGAAUACUGAGGCGUCGAAGUCACACGCGAAUGACGUCGACACAUCGACGCCGAUGCGGACAGCGUCGAGACGCAGAUACCCACUUGGACUCCAAGAGAGGAACCUCGGCAACGUGGAACGUAUAUGUGGCUCUUAGCGGUUGAGCGUGAAGACGAAGAAGGAAAAGAGAGUUUGAUCGAAGCGAAAUUGAGCUUGGAACUCUCCAUGUCUUUUUUAAGAAUCCGAUACAGACGUCUUCUUCUCGUCGACCUGUUGCUGCUAUCCGCUACUUGCGAUUAUCUCCGCCAGGACCUUCCCCAGGAGGAGGUACUCCGUCCCGGAAUCUCAGCAGUCUUGAAUUUCGAUGCACCAGACUGAUCUGUCCAAUGCGACUUGACCGGGAAACCUUCCGUUAAGAGGAAAGCAAUUACUCCAAACGUUCUACUUUUCUCUUCUGUUUGAUAUUGAUACUUCAAGAAUCGAAUCAUAAUGGCGGAUCGGCUAGGAUCGCGUUCACUUGAAAAGGGAGUCACUGCCGUCUCUUAGUGCAGCUCCUCUUCUUACUUUUACGUUUAUUUCUUUUUGAGACGCGAGAUAUAGGAGCGUAGUUCCUAAAAAGUAAAUGAAAGACAAUUAGAGAUAUCAUUAGCUGGUAAUUAAUUAUUAGUGCUUGCACCGUGUGCGUCCUUCUUCCUUGGGUCGUUGCGAACGCUCACUCAUUUCUUAGCCGUUUUGCGAGCGACACUUUUCCGCUUCAAUUUAUACUUUACUCGACCGUCGUUUCCUCGAGGAAUCCUCUUACGGUUUUCCUUAUAAAUAGGGUCGAUUAAUUCUACGAUCGCUCGAUCGAUUUCUUUAUUUGCUAUCAAAUUGAUCGAUCGAUCGAAUGCCGAUAGAGAGCAAAUGGAAUUAAUGGACAAGAAGUAAGAGUCUAUAAGUCUCUACGUUCGCCAUUAUUUCUUUUAAUCGUGAUUAAAUAUUACUGUAAUCAAGUAGCAGAUGUUAGUGCGUUGUGUAACGAGAGCGCGUCCCUGUCCACGCACAAGAUGAGACUGUGUUAAGAGAGUCGAAGAGUUAGGUACACGAGAUGUGUACUGCCAAUUAAACUGUAAAAAGCAAUUGUGGAAAUUGGAUUUCUAUUACAUAGAUACACGUGUAGCAAAUAUCUAUGAAGACUCCGAGACUGUUUGCUUUUCCCUAAAGAACAAUAAUUGGCAUAAUCGAUCGGCGCGUGUCUAUGAGGGAAAAAAACAAUUUGGCGCAAGAAAUGAUAAGAUAGAAGCGUUCAGAAAGAAUUGACAAAGCCGGAAUUAUGGCUUAAAUGGAAUCUGUUGCAAAUAAGAAAUUUGCCCAUAAGUUUUGGCACUUUGUAUAAAAUUUUGCGCAACUGUAUUCUUCGGACAAUAACAGGCCCCCAGCUAUUCUAUAAGGCUAAUUUUCAUAUUUGCUAUUUAUUCCAUCGGGCACUCUUCAUCUGUCUCUUAAACUCUUUGUCUGUCGUCUGUCUUUCUAUGUUCUUGUAGCUUCUCAAAUCCGCACGUACGUCCUUUCCUCUCGCGCUGGAAUAAAGAACCGAUAAUCGUGCACCAAGUGUGAGAGACAGUGAAAGAGAACGAGAGCUACGAAUUUACUGGUUUUUUCAUCGGAAUUGACAGCCGUGGCUUUUGUCUUCUGUGAAAAUGGAGGCUGCACCUGUCUCUUAGGUCGUACUAAUUAUUUGUGUGUGUAUUUGUAGUAGACACGUCGAGAAUGACGAAAGAAAAAUUCUUGUGAACUUUGACCGCA